UUCUGCUCCGUAAAUUCUGGAUUAAAAGUAAAUCCAAAAUGCCUCAGAUCGAAUUCUACUACUUCCCCGUCAAGGCCCUGGGCGAGUCAAUCCGCAUGCUUCUGGCCUACGGCGGCGAGGACUGGAAAGACAACAGGGUCACUCCUGAAGACUGGCCCAACUUCAAGCCUAAAACCCCAUUCGGCCAGAUGCCAGUGAUGGUGGUUGAGGGCAAGCAGUACGCGCAGAGCAUACCCAUCUCCCGGUACCUCGGCCGCAAGCACGGCCUGGCAGGAUCCAACAUCGAGGAGGACUUACUGAUCGACCAGAACGUAGAGUUCCUCAACGACAUCAGAGCGAAGUCCGCACAAGUUCAAUACGAACCCGACGCGGCCCUGAAAGCCAAGAAGCACGAGGACUUCUCCAAGAACGUGUACCCUGGCAUGCUGGCCAAGCUCGACCAGAUCCUCAAGGAGAACAACGGACACAUCGCGCUGGGCAAGCUGACCUGGGGCGACUUCGUGUUUGCGGGCAUGUACGAAUACCUUAAGGUGAUGCUGCAGGCCCCCGACCUUGACGAGCGCUUCCCCGCCUUCAAGAAACUCGUUCAGACCGUCUGUUCCCUCCCCAAGGUCAAGGCUUACACUGACGCCGCGUCCAAGACCGAACUUUAAAGCGAUCGAGCCACCAGUACGUAAUACAUAACGGCGACCAGAUAUUUUUAUAUUUUUUUAUCACGUUACCUGAAAGCAAUAGUGCAGGCUUAAAAAAAUGAGACCAUCUAGUACAUAACGGCGCUCUUAGUAUUAUGAUAAAGAUAAAAGAUAUAGUACCCUCCUAUUUUUAUCAAGAGGAGAAAGAAGCGAAUGGAAUGCUUUAACAAGUUUGUGUUUAAAUAAAUUCGAACACCGUUUUCAGAAUUUGUGGUUCAACCUUCUAGUAUUAGUCUUGCAUUUGAAAAGCACUUUGUUACGUUAUAUGUAGUAUGUAUUAUAUUUUGAGUACAUGUUAUGUGUGUAGUCUGAGCAGUAAUGUUAUUUUUAAGUGAAAUAAAGCUGAUUAUUUUUA